AUGAUAACCAAGUUCUUAAUCAUCGUGUCAUUUGCUGCCCUCGUGAUUUCGUCCAGGAUUCCAGAGCCUGAACUAAGGAUCGUUGGUGGUGGCGUUGUUCCAAUUGAGAAGGCACCCUACCAAGUGGCUAUAUUGUGGUAUGGUAUACAAACUUGUGGAGGUGUUAUCUACAGCGAAAGGAUCGUUCUGACUGCAGCUCGCUGUAUAGAGCCCACAGAACUUGAUAAUUAUUCAGAGGCCUAUAUUGCGGAGAGCCCGAUCUGCCAGGAGUUUAUGGAAGUGUGGUCUAUUUCAGAGAUUGGAUCUCUUCCACGAUUAGGAGCCUUGAGUGUGAAGAAAGUAAGGAAAGUUUAG